AUGGGCCUCCACCCUUCCCGACCAUGCACCCUGGAGACGGAAGGGAAGGCCCGUCAGAGCGAGUCCGAUCUUCGAAGCCUGCCGAGCCGUUGGAUCUUCUUCCUGGACCCUGCGAGUCUCCUGCGUCUCCAGGUGGCUCCGGUGCGAUUGGACCAGGAAUUGGAGCAAUGGGCCUGGAAAGAGAUCUGUGCCACGGAGCUGAGCCUUUCGAGCAGCUCAAGGCUUCAUCCGACAGGAUCAACUCCAGGAGCUGGCUCAUCGUCUUCGCAGCUUCGGUCGAGCUCACUGCGCUGGGAUUGGCGCCGGGCCUUUUACGACCUGGACCUCUCUCGCCUCAACGAGCUCCGGGCGACCUCCCAGGACUACGAGUUCCUGCCCAGCCUCUAUGGUGAACCGGCCUGUGCACCUGAGGGCGUCUCCUUCGCCACGCGCGGCGGGAGGACUGUUGAUUGCAGUUUGAACCCUCGAUACCUGGGCCGUGAUCGCUGCUUGCUGGCCCGUUGGCCCCUGAGCGCGGCGCUGGCCGCCACGGCCGUGGCCAAGGGCCCGGGCGACGCCGUGGCCUAUCGCCGCGUCGGGUACUACGAGGUGACCAUUGGCAACGAAAACGAACACGAAGCGGUCCUCCCGUGCAUCUCUGUGGGUCUUUGCAGCCCGCGCUUCUCGCGGUAUGCGGUGGCCAGGCAACAAGCCGGCUGGGACAGCGAAUCCUGGGCUUUGCACAGUGAUGAUGGGCUCCUCUUUCAUGCUUCCAACCGUGGCUAUCCCUUCGACAGUUUGUCGGGCUGUGCCACCAGCUUUGGCCCUUCAGACACUCUGGGCUGUGGCAUUUACCAAGCGCCGGAGGAGGGCAGCGCAGGUCUUGAAGAGGUUGCGAAAGCACCUCGGAAGAUCUUCUACACGUUGAAUGGGACUCUCUUGGGCUUUGCUUUUGACUUAGACCUCCCAGCAGAUGUUCCGCUCUGGCCAUGUGUUGGCUUAGACACGAAGCAGUGGUUAUCCUUCAACUUCGGGAGCGAACCCUUCAAGUUCGACCUGGAUGAGUUGUCUCCCUUGGAGGUGACUCUGAAGACGCCCUUCGACAGCCUCGCUGGGGCGCCAAAUCGAUUGGGUGCGUCCGAAGACAUGCUCCAUGCGCUGCGGAAGUACCGGAACUGGCUGCCGCGCAACAAGCGCAAGGUGGCUCAGCAGAUGCCUAAGACGGGCAUUUGCCAAGGCUUCACCUUGGGCCUCACGACGGACUAUAAAGUUGGAGGUCAAGGCACGCCGGUGAUCUCCAAAGCCACCCGAGCCCAUCCGGGCUUGGCGGAGGCGCUGUGCCGGGGAUGUCGCAGCGCCAACCCGGAGUUCCACUUCACCUCCAUCCAGGUGAACCUGAACACAAAGUAUGGAAUGCACACGGACGGCUUCGAUGCUGGACCUAGUCGUAUGAUUGCCUUGGGGAACUUCUCGAAAGGACACCUUUGGCUCCACGACUGUCGGAGAAAUCACUGGAGUCUGGUGGACGUGCGGAACACGUGGAUCGCCUUCGACGGGCGAGAGUUCCACCUGACCGAGGACUGGGAAGGUCCGGAACGUUAUAGCUUGGUCUUCUUCACCAAUCACCUCUGGGACGAGCUCCUUCCCGAGGCUCAAACACAGCUGCUCAACCUGGGCUUUCACUGGCCUCGUGAGAGUCACGUCUUCCGCGAGGAGUUGGAGUGGCCGGACCGACGGCAGAGAUCUGCCUUGAGAAGUUGGAGGCGCUCACAGCUCACCUUCCGCUGGCGGCGCAGACUUGCGAUGCUGAGCGAUGCCUUCCAAGGCCUUUCGAUUUGGACCAAAGGGGAUGUCGAGUGUUGA